GGUCGAGCUGGAAACGCGUAUUUCUAGAACACACGUUUCCUUCCGCCCAACCGUACGUGAAUCGCCACAGCGACGAUUCAAGUUCGACGAACCGGUGUGUGACGAGGAGAUAAAGGUUGUCGCGUUCGCGACAAGCUAUUGCAUCGUUGUCAGUGAAGUUUUGACUGUGCCGCGCAAGAAGCCGCCGGGGAAGAAGAAAAAAGGAUUAACCAUGCAGAUGCACGAACAGAUCAUCGUGGUCGAAGGCCAAGAGCAGCCGAUCUCCAGGACGUAUCAGUAUCGGAAGGUGAUGAAGCCGAUGCUAGAACGCAAACGCCGAGCGCGCAUCAACCGCUGCCUGGACGAGCUGAAGGAGCUGAUGGUGACCGCGCUAGCCGGGGACGGCGAGAACGUCGCGAAGCUGGAGAAGGCCGAUAUCCUGGAGCUGACGGUGCGUCACUUGCACAAACUCCAACGCCAGCAGCGUCUCUCGGCGAACCCGGUGAUCGACGCCGAUCGCUUCCGGGCCGGCUACACGCACUGUGCGAACGAGGUCAGCCGUUGCUUGGCCGCCACUCCCGGCGUCGACGUCGCCCUCGGCACCAAGCUGAUGACACACCUCGGCCAUAAGCUCAACUCCAUGGACAAGACCGGGCCGUUGACCAUUCACGUGGCCGCGCCGCAAUCCUCGCCGUCCUCCGCCAGCGAGCUCAGCUCCGACGAGUACGCGAUGCCGCUCACACCGGCAUCGAGCCAACCGUCGCCAGUGCGAACCGACAUCGAAGCCGCCGUCUCCCAGAGCCACCAGGGCCUCCUGCAGGUAGCCAAGCCUAACGAGCCUAUCUGGCGACCCUGGUAAAACCCGUCGCAGCCGAAUCAGACAACACCAACCCUCAGAAACCGGUGUAAGGGUGAAAACUCCCGAAGGACCAUGAAGUUCGUCACCGGUGUUUUUGCAAUCUCGUCUGUGAUCUGAACGGAUGACCGCUCGUGAAUGAAUACGAUCAGAAGCAUUCCGAGCAGAAAUAAAGAGAGAAAGCCGGCAGCAGCAUGAAGAAAUGGAAGAAGGAGAGGAGAAAAAAGACAUAUAGGCUUAAGGAGUUCCAUUUGCUCAAAGACACCACGGAGUAACGAUGCACCGAUGACGCGGACGUCAAGCUCUUCCGUUUCGGCCUUUCGGCUUUCGUACUCUCAACAUCAUCGUCAACGUUCCGCGACAACAGUCGGAAGCACUGGGAUCUCGAUACGUAAUAUUUUCUUCUCGCGGCCCCGCGCGGUUGAAGCUUUAAUUUACUCGACAGUUAGAUAUAUUUUCUAUUGUUUAUUUCAUACUUUUAUCGAGGAUUUUUUUUUUUUAUUAUUUUGUCCGUACGGCGCGCGAGUAUGGCGAUCGGCGACGCGGAGUCGCAUCCGGUCGUCGCUCGCCGAUUACGUUGUUGUAUAUGAAUCUCUCCACCGGUCAGCAAAAAAAUCGCACACAAGGGACCAAGGAUAACGGUAAUCCUUCGAGACGACAAUUUCAACGAUUUCGGAAGCGCGCGCCCGUCAUUACCGACCGCGUGAAUACAUGACCGAGCGGAGGAUCUUGUGAUAGAGAAACGUGUACCUGUGAUAUUUACUGUAGUAGGCGUAGAGAACGCUAGAUUUUUAAUAAAUAUGU